GGACAGAAAAUUCCUGAAGGCUGUCACCACACCGCAUGCUGCUGCUGCUGUUCUGCUGCUGCUCAGAUUCAUGGGACGAGAACAAGUGUUAGGGAACUGGAAACCACUGUAGCCACCACCACCGCUGCUGCCGCCGCCGUCACUUUUCGCAUUGAACUGUUCUCCCGUUCUUCCUCGUAACUCCGCGCUGUUAAAUUAAAUUCGCCGGCCAGGAUGUCAGUGGUAGGUUUUGACGUCGGGCUUAUGAACUGCUAUGUAGCGGUAGCAAGAGCCGGAGGGAUUGAAACUGUCGCCAAUGAGUACAGCGACCGAUGUACACCAGCAUGUGUUUCUUUCGGACCCCGGAAUCGAUCAAUCGGUGCAGCUGCAAAAAGCCAGGUCGUCACAAACUGCAAGAACACAGUCCAGGGGUUCAAGAGAUUUCAUGGCAGGGCUUUUUCAGAUCCCUAUGUGCAGCGCAUCAAAAACAGCUUGGUCUAUGAUAUUGCACAAAUGCCUACAGGAACUACAGGCAUCAAGGUGAUGUACAUGGAGGAGGAGAAGCUGUUCAGCAUCGAGCAGGUCACUGCCAUGCUGCUGACCAAGCUGAAGGAGACGGCAGAGAAUGCACUGAAGAAGCCCGUUACUGACUGUGUUGUUUCUGUUCCGUGCUACUACACUGAUGCUGAGAGGAGAUCAGUGGUAGAUGCCGCUCAGAUCGCCGGACUCAACUGCCUGAGGCUUAUGAACGAGACAACUGCAGUUGCAUUGGCAUAUGGAAUCUACAAACAGGAUCUCCCUGCUCCCGAGGAGAAGGCCAGGAACGUGGUGUUUGUGGACCUGGGCCACUCUGGAUAUCAGACAUCAGUGUGUGCCUUCAAUAAGGGCAAACUGAAGGUCCUUGCCACAGCCUGUGACCCAGAGCUGGGAGGAAAGGAUUUCGAUGAGGUACUGGUCAAAUAUUUCUGUGAGGAAUUUGGCAAAAAGUACAAGCUCGACGUGAAGUCAAAGCCCAGGGCUCUGGUCAGACUCUACCAGGAGUGUGAGAAACUGAAAAAACUGAUGAGCGCCAACUCCUCUGACCUGCCGCUGAACAUCGAGUGCUUCAUGAAUGACAUCGAUGUUACCGGAAAACUGAACAGGGGUCUGUUUGAGGAGAUGAGCGUGGAUAUUUUGGCCCGAGUAGAGCCUCCUCUGCACUCUCUGUUGGAGCAAGCCAAACUGAAGAAGGAAGACAUCUAUGCAGUGGAGAUCGUGGGUGGCGCUUCCAGGAUCCCGGCCGUCAAAGAGAGAAUCAGCAAAUUCUUCGGGAAGGAGCUGAACACCACGCUGAAUGCUGACGAAGCUGUGGCCAGAGGAUGUGCUCUGCAAUGUGCAAUUCUGUCACCUGCCUUCAAAGUCCGUGAGUUCUCCAUCACAGAUGUCGUUUCAUAUCCGAUCUCUUUGAAGUGGCAUUCAGCUGCGGAGGAAGGUUUGAGUGAUUGCGAGGUAUUUACUAAGAACCACGCAGCACCUUUCUCCAAGGUCCUGACCUUCUACCGGAAAGAGCCUUUCUCUUUGGAGGCCUACUACAGUUGCCCCAAUGAGCUGCCUUAUCCGGAUCCAACUAUUGGUCAGUUUCUGAUCCAGAAGGUUGUCCCACAGGCAUCCGGAGAGAGCUCUAAGGUGAAAGUCAAGGUGCGGGUGAACAUUCACGGUAUCUUCAGCGUGUCCAGCGCUUCCCUGAUUGAGGUGCAGAAGUCUGAUGAGACGGAGGAACCCAUGGAAAUGGAACAGGCCACUGACAAAGAGGGAGAGAGCAAGAUGCAGACCGAUCAGGAGGAGCAGCAAGCUCAGGGAGAUGCUCAGAAAGAAACAGAAGACAAGUCACCACAAGAGAGCGAAGAGAUGGAGACGACCACAGGGGAGGGGAAAAGCGAGAAAAAGUCUGACCAGCCCCCGCAAGCCAAAAAGCCUAAAGUCAAAACAAAAGUGCUGGAGCUUCCGAUUGAAAACAGUCCACAGUGGCAGCUAGCGGACGACAUGCUCAAUCUCUUUGUAGAAAAUGAGGGUAAAAUGAUUAUGCAGGACAAGCUGGAGAAGGAGAGGAACGAUGCAAAGAACAACGUAGAGGAGUAUGUGUACGAUAUGAGGGAUAAACUUCAUGGGAUGCUGGAGAAGUUCGUCAGUGAGUCUGACAGAGAUGCUUUGUCUCUGAAGCUGGAGGAUACCGAAAACUGGCUGUAUGACGAAGGAGAGGACCAACCCAAACAGGUGUACAUUGACAAACUGGCAGAAUUAAAGAAACUUGGCCAGCCCAUCCAGGACAGGUACGCAGAGGCUGAGGAGAGACCCAAAGCGUUUGAGGAGCUGGGGAAACAAAUCCAGCAAUACAUGAAAUUUGUUGAAGCGUUCAAGAUGAAGGAGGAGCAGUACGACCAUUUAGAUGAGGCAGACGUCACCAAAGUCGACAAACUGACCAACGAUGCAAUGAUCUGGAUGAACAGCGCCAUGAACCAGCAAAGCAAGCAGAGCCUGGCAGUGGAUCCGUCUGUCACAGUCAAAGACAUCAAAGCAAAGACGAGGGAGCUGUUCUCUGCUUGUAACCCCACCGUGACCAAGCCCAAGCCCAAGGUGGAGCUUCCCAAGGACGAGGCGGCCGCAGAGCAGAACGGGCCUGUCAACGGACAGGAGAAACCCCAGGAAGGGACUGGAGACAAGGGAACGCCCGGGAACACGGGCAAUCCAGCCUCAGAAACCACAGAAAGCAAGCCAGAGAUGGACCUAGAUUAAAGCAGCCUAACGCCUCCUUAAGCAAAGCUGAACGGGAGCUGAUUGUUUCAAAUUGAGAUGCAGCCUGGCUGUAUAUCAGAGCCAGUGAAGUGUUUCAGGAACUGCGCUCCACAGUCAAAAAGCAGCCAGGGUGUUUAGCACACUGAGCCCAGCUCCUCCUGGUGGUGGUGUCUCUGUCUGAUGACAUAGCAUGCCCUUUCUCUUUCCGGAUGAAUAAAUCAAAAGCCAGCUGCAAUAAUUCUGUUUGACGAUGAGCGCUGUACACAUGAUGGUAUUUAUUUCUGUUGUGUGCUCUGUAAGUGUUCUGGUCUGUGUCACAAUAUGGUUUUAAUAAAGUUAUUGAAAAUCA